AUGCUUUCAUUAAAGAGGGACACGCUUGACUCUCUAUCGACACUGAGCGAUGGCCAAAGCCUGCGCGGCAGUGGCCGCUCGAUGUUGCCCUGCCCAAACGAUCCACGAUCAAGUGUCACCAAUGCAACUGCUUUGUCACCACCGCCGGCCUCCAAACCCCCCCAGCCACAGUCGACUAGCCACGUCCCUUCACGACUGCGCAGCGAUUCGGGAUUAUCUCUGCACACGAAUCAAGCAGCAUUCAGGCAGUACACCGACUACGGUUCAGAUGGCUCGGUACGGUCAAUUUCUAGUCGUACCCAAGCGGGCAGUCCCACUGAGGGUGGGAGCGUCGACGAUGCACCGAUUGGACCUAAAUCUAGCAUAUUUCUUAAGGACUCCAUUCUCCAAGCCAAACUGCUUCCCAACUUCUUUGACCCUGCCGUCAUCAAACUCGCCUUCUCUAACCCAACAACCGGUCACAAGCUCUGCCGAUAUGCUGCCAGAAAGGGUGGACCUUCAGCAAGUUACAUGGACUUUUUGAUCAGAGUGGAUGAGUACUUCCGGGCGUUUGGGAACAUGACUACUCUGAUCAGUCAGAUCACGACAGAUUUCACUGGUGUGGUGGCAUCCACACCCAUUGAGCUACCACAGGACAUAGCCAACAGGUUGAAAAACAACACCAAACACUGCGCGCGAACAGCAUUGCCGUCGCUGGAACGGCUUUACAGAGAGGCGAAGGCUGCAGUGGAGGAACGAUUGGCCGAGACACUCUACCCGGAGUUUGUCAAGUACCAACUAUCCGAAUGUAUGAGGACUUCGCUGUCUACUAGCCAGUCUUCGGCUGGGGGCUUUCUGUCGACAUGCCCGGGUCUAGGAGACGCCUUUUGCUUGACAACCCCACUCGAGCCCGACAACCCCAUCAUCUGUGCCUCGGAUGCACUUUUGCGAAUGUCUGGAUAUGGGCGCAAGGAGAUCAUGAACAAGAACUGCAGAUUCUUCCAGGGCAUAUGUACCGACCCCGAGGCCACACGGCGUCUAAGCGAGGCUAUCUCAACUGGGCACGAAGCGUCCGAACUCCUCAUUAACUACCGCAAGGAUGGGACCCCCUUUUGGAACCUGUUAUUUGUGUGUCCGUUGUUUGAGGGAGGAACGAUUCGGUACUUUCUCGGUGCCCAAAUCAAUGUGUCUGAGAGCAUGGGGUCGGACUACAAGGAUAUCUUGCGUAUCCUGAACUUUGGCCCCCCUGGAGAACAGCAACACCAGCAAGCCCAGCAGCUGUCCGGGAAAGGCCCACGACCAGCCGAGAAACCGGUUUGGAGGAAUCCCAUCAAUGCUGAUGCUGAACGUCCCCUGAGCUCAGCCAGCACCUACCAAAAGGCAGCCCUUCGCAAUCGCUUUUUCAAGAGGUUUUCCCGGAAGGGCAGCACUAUUCGGGCCAGGAUUCCAACUUGGCCGAGCACUCCUCGGGCAGACAGUCCCUCGAAUGGGGUUUGCGGGUUGUCAAAGAAGGCUAUCCUGCCACCCAUAUCUUGGAAGGCCGAAGCCCCGCAAGAAGAGUACAGCACUCCUUACUCGCGGUUCUUCGUGUUGAAGUACAUCCCAUCUUUGCCCUCAAGCAGCACCGCCGCAAGCACCAGCACAAUGCAGCCCACGCGGCCAAACUAUCAUUGUGGCUCAUCGACAAGCAGCGGUGUUGCUGCUCAGCUAACAAUCUCCUUCUCUUCCCACUUUGCCCUGUCGAUGCUGGGUCUUCAUGAGCCGAACGAUGCCAAAUUGGUCAGUGGACGGGAUAUCUUCGCAGUGUUGACACCAAACGCCGCCACGAUGAGCUCGAUCAGCAACAAGCAAGUGCGGUCCACAGUGUGCUCGGCCAUUGCAGCCGGCGAAUCUGUCAGCCUAGACAUAACGACAAGCACAGCUUCGCCACCUCCGUCGCAGCGAUCAACGUCGCCUGUCAAGAAGGUCUACACAAGGGGAAUCAGUGUCGCCAAAGGCGGGGACAACCAGCCCUCCAGACUGAGCGACACGUUGGACAGAGGAGCCGACUUUCUGAGCUCGGUCUUUUCACACAAUGGGGCGGGAUUAGGAGGGAAGAAUGCCACAAGGAAGGUGGUGAGCCACUGGACACCACUGAAGAAUGGCAACGGCGAGGUAGAGUUUGUGGUUGUCGUUUUGACUGCCGCCUCUUGA